AUAAUAUCAGAGACUGUUAAGAGAUAAAGUUUUCAGGGUAAUAAGUAACUCUUUGUUCAAGAGAGCUUAUAUAAUUUUAAUAAUCACAUCGGUAGCUCGUGCGUAAAAUGAGCAGCACGUUAGGUGAAACGGGCUUAGAAGGCUCAACGACAGAAAAUGCACCACUCAACAUGAGUUCUGUGUCAAGUGGUGCCUCUGAUAUACCAGCCACUCAAAACAUGAACCUCACUACAGUCGCUCCACCCAAGCUAAGCAGGCCUUUGGUCGGUUCUGAUCCAAACGAAGCUGUGAGUAUAAUGUCGCCUGAUAUGCUGAAGCCCAUGGCAACGUCUGCACCAGACAAUGCAUCAAGUCUAAUUACAUCAAAUUCCUCAGAGCCUUUGAUCACUAUUGAUGUAAUAACUAGUCCACCAUCCAAUUCUUCCCACAUGACAGACGUAGACUUUUUUGAAAACACUCGCACCGAAAUUCCAUUCUACGACACUGACAUCACAUCCCUUGAUGUUUCCAACGACACUACAGAAGCCCCGAUAUUCGAUACAGACUUCGGAGAAAAAUCAAACGACACCUUCAAUCCUUUCCUGGCCGACGAUUAUGACUACUAUUAUUUUAAUCCUGACGUCGAAAGAGAGCCCUACGAUUAUACUCAAGUGGACCAAGAUAAAAAACGUGAGGAAGUUUUGGCGUUGUGGAAGAAUGUUGAUAUUCCUCCUGCAAUAAACUAUGCAGACUUUACGCCCAGGGAUUUAGACCCGUACUUCUUAGUGCUGCCUCCAGUGCUGUGCUUAGCCUUCUUGUUGCUGGUGUUUGUGCCUUGUUUCCUCUUGAAGCUCAGAGACGACAUCAGGGAAAUCUCCGGGAAGCCAAGGAAAUGGGGUAGCCAACGAUACCGCAAGCAGAAGAACAUCACCCAUGAGAGCUUCCAGAUCAUUGACCCAGAGUGGCAGAUGGUGGCUGGAGGCAAGGAUAUAACAGCCAAUCCUUUGGGAGACGUGCAGUACGUGAUGCCUGCAGGAGCAAGCGGUGGUCGAAAGAACACUUACGACAAACCCAACGCUACGACGAUAGCAACGGGCCACGCCAAGGAGAACCCGGCAUACGUGGAAGAGAACGAGGUCUCCCUGGACCAGCAAUCCAGGCCGGACCCUCCAGUGGACUACAGCGAAGAAGAGGUCACCUGUGUCCUGGACAAAGAACAAGAAGAAUCCGAAGGUGGCCGUUCCCAAAAGGAUUCAGAAACAGGGCCUGUGAACAGCCCUGAUGGUGCCGAGACUCCCACUGAGGAUGGCCAGAGGGCCAUUGAUGGUAAUUUUAGCACGGCCCCCAAAGCGACCUAUCCUAAGUUUACAGGAUGGAACAAGGACUUGUAUUCCAACGGAGCAGGCUUCGGCCCCCCGGCGAGAAAAAGCAAUGGUGCUAAUGGCAAGCCUGGAGACGAUCCUGAGAACCCCACAUGGGGAAUGUAUUAGUUGUGCGAUUUUUUUAGCAUUAGCAAAAGGGAAUUAUUGAUUAGUUUAUAUGUAGAUUUCCGAUCAUGAUAACUCGCCAGAACAAAAACUGUGCAAGUUGCUUGACAACUUGCGAAACUCCGAAAACUAUUCAAUGGAAUUGAUAAUUUGCCAAUAGAUUCAAUGGAAUUGAUAAUUUUUGCCUGAGAAUAUUUCGUAAUUUUUAUCAAGAAGUCACUGAAUUACAAGCGAAUUCACUCCGAAAAUUUCAAACAAUAUAAUACAAAUAUUUGUGGAACAUCAUUUUAAUUCCUAAUUUAUGUUUGUGGGAAGAAGCAGUUUCGACAAGUAGAAACAUAGUCUUUUUACAUAGGAAGCGAGCGCAUUCAUUUCGCUCACUUUUCAUGACAAGUCAAACCAAUGUUCUAGUAGGCCUUACGUGACUUUCCUUUCUUUUA